GCAGAAAGGUCAGAGCUGCUGAACGCAGUGCUCAAUUGCGCUGCGUGGUCACUUGUCUGAUUCAGGGGAGGAAGUCCGAGGAACUGCACGACAAAAUGGAGGCACAAGAUGCUGAGAAGCUUGCCCUGUUUCAGCACGUCCUCCUGUGCCUGGAUCGGCCUUCUGUAGAUGCUGAUGCCGCUGAGGAUGAUAAUUCCCGUGCUUUUGUCAGCGCUAUGCAUGCAGAUGGACAGCGGAGCGUGCUUUCAACAGAUGAACUGAGCGGCAGAAUGAAAGCUAUCUCAUCAAGCGCGCAGGGUUUUGAUUCCCCGCCCAGUUGGCAGGGGCGCUUUGCGAGCCUGUCGAUGGCGACUCCCUUUGAGGAAGGGGACGCUGAUAUGCUGGGGCGGCAGUUUAGUCAGACCGCCGAUAGGCUCGCUGCCCCCCCCUUGGUGGAACAGCUGUCUUGGGGGGCUUUCCGAGGCAGAGGAAGUGCGGGGGGCAGAUCUAGCGAGCUCGCCAGCGAUCUGCACAAAGGAAAGGGUGGUGCACACAAUUGGGGGGGUGUGAUUGGUUGUUCAAAUUGCACGGGGUUUGGUAAUGGUGAAUCGAAAUUAGGGUUCUUGACGGGCAGGUUAGCGGUUAAAACCGGUGUUCCACAUCGAAAAAGGGAAGAUCAGCUGCUGAGUGAAGAGAGCUCAAGCGAACGGCGAUCAAAGGCACAGCUAGCGUCGAUGUCCAUACAGGAAGCGAAGGGGUCGGAAGAGAGCCUGGAUCUGAGAAGGGGAGCGUCUCUAGUUCGGCGCUGCAAAGCCGUAGCGGCGAGAUUAGAUCAGGCCUGGAGAAGAUCAGAACGGCGAUCAGAUGAUCAGCCUCUGAGCCAAUUUGUUACAGAGGGGUUAAGUAGCUCGGAAGCGGAGAGUCCUAGGCCUGUCGAUAGGAGAGACGACUUGUCUGGCAGAUCCAGCGAUGGAAUAGCGAGGCAAACUAGCAGUAGUGACAUCAGCAGUAGUGGUGGUGACUGGGGAGACUUCAGGACCUCGAGUGCCGGCGUCAACGGCCCCACUUCUCUGCAGAGGGGCUUUCAGCGGUUGGAGCUGCUUCCGGUCUGGGAAAACGACGGCAGUAGAAGAAAGCAGUAUGCCUGGGAUGGCCGGCAGAUUGUGGCCGUUGAUCCGCCAGACGAGGACGAGAUCAACGGCCGAGCUGGAGACCCCCUGAAGCAGGCCUGGAAGGGGCUUGAGAGCUUCCUGAAGCGGGCUUUCAUCCCGGAGGACGUGACGGCGGACUAUUGGCCCUACGCGCGCUGGAAAUGCACGCAGCGAAUGGUCAGCUCCGUUGCGCAUGCCAAUGGGACGCAGUCUCUCCUGCGUGCGGUGGGAGUCGGCGGACGGCGCUCGAUCCCGGGGGUUGCGGCCCUAAACUGGGUGCUCAAGGACGGAUUGGGGCGGCUCGGAAAGCUGGGGUAUGCGGCUGGUUAUGGGCGCACGUUCGAUUCGGAUCUCAAGCGGAUGCGCUACCUGACCGCGGCCAUCUUCACGCUCAGCGUGGGGCUCGAGAUGGUCACCCCGCUCUUCCCGCAGUACUUUCUGCCGAUUGCGACGCUUGCGAACGUGGGCAAAUCGAUCGGGCUCACGACCUACGUCUCCACAAGCCCCAGCAUCCACAAGAGCUUUGCCUUGGGGGAAAACCUCGCAGACAUUUCCGCCAAGGGUCAGGCUCAAACGGUGGUUGCCGACAACAUCGGGCUUGCCAUCGCUGUCGGGCUGAGCUCGGCGUGCGGGCAGAACGAGAAGAUGCGGUCGCUCAUCCCGCUGGUCACGUUCCCCGUCAUUGCUGCCAUGGACCUGUUCGCCAUCCGGCAGGAGCUCAAGUCAGUGCACCUGCGCACGCUCAAUAAGGAGCGCACAGAGAUCAUCGUGGACCACUGGCUGCGCACGGGAAGCGUCCCCGACCAGAAGCAAGUCAGCGACGCCGAAAACCUGCUCCUGCCGACGCCUAUCCAUAACGGCGCACUCCCCCUGCGCAUCCUCCCCCUGCGGAAAGCGGCCGCGAGCGUUGAGGGGCUGGGGGAGUUGCUGGAGCGGCAUCGAAGUCAGAAGUACUUGAUACAGCCCCGGAGAAAGGGGCGGGGACGGCUGCCGUUCACCCACAGAAAGCCCGACAUUGUCCUGUCCCUCCGUGAGGACGCGGAAGCCACCGACGUCAUCACUGGGGUCCUCCAGGCGUGCCAUUACCGGUCGCUCAUGGCCGAGGAGGCAAGCGGGUCUGGGCGGCCGGUGGAAAGCACCAGCCAAAAGCAAAAUGUAUUACUAGGAAACAACCCGCACAAGAGGAAAGGAAGUAUACAUGCAAGCGCAGCUGGUCAGGAAGUUGAGACGAGCAUGCAGGUCGAGUGCGAGUCGGACGCAUUGAGAGAGAGCCGGCGGCGGGCCGAGCGCGACGUAGAACGAUUGUUGCAAGAGCUCGAAGAUAAGCAAUGGCAGUGGGGUCGGAUUAUCUUGGCCUCUGGAGAAAGGGGUACAUAUAGCGUGACCGACAAAAGACCGGCAAGGGUGUUGAGCCGCAAGGUGCCUAGAUGAGUCGUCGAAGAAGGGAACGGCUCUCCAUCUUGGCUCAGCGUUGAUGUACAUUUAAAAUUUGAUUGGCACCUCGAUGGUCAGGUUGAUGCCCUGAUAAAA